AGGAGCCAGAGGAUCCCUGUUCACCCAAACGCCGCCGUCCCCUGAUGUGUAAGUACUUGUGCUGUGGAGAGCUAGCUUACUUACCCGCUAGGCCUUAACUGUACAGCUUUGAUGCAAUGUGUUCUUGUUGUCUUGUCACUACACGUGCAGACAUGCAACGAAAGUUAUCAAAGGUUACCGAAUGCCUCUUCUCUUCCAAUAGGUGGCAGCUGUAAAUGCUAUGCUGGCCAACUUCCGCCCUUUUUAAUUGAUGUCUUCUUUGAAAUUGGCAUCGAACAAAGCUAUGAUAUAAACUCGCUGGAGACGCCUCGCCGUCAUUACACUGGAACCUUUCAAGUUGCUCCUUGCUCCUUAGCAGUGGGAACCCCUCCAAACUCUAUUGUUUAUAUAUCCGCCGGCGGACCGCCCUGUACUUUAUACUCUCUACGUAGCCCAGCUCAGUUGUCAUAGCCAUACGCGUACUCGUUGCUACUGAGGGACAUCACCGCAAACAUGUUACGGCUAUUGAAGCUGCCUGGUGGUCUUGCCGCCACCUUUUUGGCAGCAAUCUGUCUCAAUGCCGGCAGUGCCACAGCAGGCCCGACUGUUACUGUGGGCAUGAAAGCUGCUUUCCACUCGCCUCCAUAUCUUCUCGAGCUGCUUGAGACCGCCGCUGAAGAGAAUGCGACUUCAUACUUCCCCCUGCUCGAUCGUAUUGCGAGCGGACACUUUACCGACACCACAACCGACAAAGGCCUGUAUGAUAGGUUUCUUGAUCUUCUCCAACAAGAUGGUCACAUCUCCGGCCCCGAGGCCCUGUCCACCUUCAAACUCGCCUUGUCUAUGCGGUCGGCUGCCCCGAGAAUAGAGGCCCACUACCAAUACUAUGAUACUGCCGUCGAACCAGUCGUGUCACCCAAGGAUGAUUGCGCAGACUGGAUCCUGCUUGGAGGGAGGCAGUAUUGCUCUGCGUCUCUAUCACACGCAGAAGGCACCAUUGAUGGCCAAUCGCAAACGCGAAUGCUGCCCUUUGAUCGCGCACUAGGUAGAGGUCCUGAGGCAGUGCUCUAUGCCGACCUCACCAAGCCUGGCUUUGGCUCCUUUCAUACUGCGCUCUCUGAUAUGGCAAGGAAGGGAGAGGUCUCCUACCGCCUGCGGUAUCGACCUGAUCAGCGAGAACUGCUGGAGAAAUUGCCCGUGAAUGGUUAUGGCGUAGAGCUGCAGUUGAAGCGCACAGACUACAUCGUCAUUGACGACCGCGAGGGAGAUUCGAAAGCGGAAGCGUCCGGCUCUACCAAACUGGAAGUAAAUCUAGAUGCUGAAGAUGAGGUCGCGGAUUUAAAGCCCCUUGCGAGCUCCGAACUCUCUGCGCUGGGUGUUAAAGCUGCUUCUUUCAUCAUGGAAAGCGAUGAUCCCUUCGAUUCUCUGCUGAAGUUGACUCAGGACUUUCCAAAGUACUCCGCAUCGUUCGCCGCCCACAACGAAUCACAGGAUUUCUUGAGGGAGCACUACUUCAACCGUGGUCAAAUGGUCCCACAGGGGAUGAAUGUGCUUUGGAUGAACGGUGUCCAGAUGAUUGAGAGACAAAUUGACCCCUACACGCUGGUUGACUUGCUCCGUAGAGAACGGACACUCAUCAAGGGUGUCCUGGACCUUGGCUUGACUGGCAAACAAGCCGUCUCUCUUCUCGGAAAUCGAGAAGUGACCAUGGCCAAGUCUAAUGACGAAGUUGGUCGGUUCGACUGGAGAGAUGAAAUCGAAGAUGGAAGAGUCAUUGUUUGGCUCAAUAACAUCGAGAAGGACAAGCGGUAUGCUGAGUACCCCACAAGCCUCAUGUCUCUUAUGCAACGCACUAUGCCCGGUCAAAUCCCGCCCGUUAGGAAGGACAUGUUCAAUCUGAUCGUGCCUGUCGACCUCACGAACCCUGAAGAUAUUGCUCUCGUCGUUGAGCAGCUGAAAGGUUUCAUCACAAGAUUGCUACCCAUUCGAUUCGGGCUUGUUCCAUUAACCCCGACUCCUGUAGCAGAGCAGCAAGCCAAAAUCGUCUACUACCUGCUUGAGAAUUACGGUCUUGCAUCACUGAUGGCGUAUCUGGAGUCAUGCAAUACUGGGAAGCAAGUUUUCAGUAUUGAGCAGGGGAAGUUUGAGAAAGCUACAAAAGACCGAUCCCUGCGUGAGGAGGCGACUGCUCUAUCUUUUGGGGAUAUUUUUGAGUCCGAACACUACAUCAAACAGAUUGAACAUGCUAGACAUUGGGUCACCAGACUCAAUGCGGCCACCACAGUUCCUCCUAUCUUUCUCAACGGUCAAGCCAUCCCACGAGAGGAAUCAUGGCUUCAGGAGAUGAGCAUGAAGCUUGGCCAAGAUCUUCAGCUUAUCCAGCAAGGCAUUUACUAUGGCCAGGUGAACGAGGACAUGUGGAUUCCAAGCCUUUUCCUGGAAAACGCACCAACGCGCCGAAAUGUCUAUAUUUUCCCCGGUAAGGAUAACCAGCUUACCGUUCUUGACGUGAACAAGGUUUAUAGUGAGCAUCACGAUCUAUUCAACGUUGUGCCUGUAAUUGAGGCUAGUCCCGACUCUAGUAAAGAGACCUGGGCUGCUUUAUCAGUCUUUGCCGAUUUUACUGGCCAGCCCGGCUUGAAGCUGCUCCUGUCAGCUCUGGAGUUCCGUCGCAACAACCCGAGCGUGCGUAUUGAUAUCAUCCACAACCCUACUACGAUUACCAAUGACGACAAUGUCAAUGCCCGCCUCGUAAGGGAGAUCGAAAAGCUGCUAGAAAUUGAGAACUUGGAAACCUUGGAAGUUCUCGUAACUGGCGCGGGUAGCGACAAAGUAGACGGUACUGCAUAUUAUAUGUCUUUGGCACGGUUCUUGUCUGCUGCCGGUUUCCAGCCUGGCGCUCAAGUUCUGCUCCUGAACGGCCGUGUUGUCGGUCCUCUUGCCAAUGACGCUGAGUGGACAGAAGAUGACUUUCAACAAUUGAUGGAAUUCGAGCAAGCAAGUCGCAUUCUGCCCGUCUAUCAAGCAGUCGAGGCUCUCAACUUGACCGAGAAGGUUUCCGGGCCACUUGCAGCGGCGAAGCUGACAUCAAUAACUGCUUUAUCCACCAUUUCAGAUUUGCCAGAAGGAAUUUUUGAGUCUGCGCCAACCUUGCGAACAACAGUUUUUGAUGAUUGGGAGUCUGCCCAUACUAUGAUUUCAGUCGGCGAUGAAUCAACUGCAAACAUCCAUCUUGUUGCGGUUCUCAAUCCAGCAAGCGAACAGGGCCAGAAAUGGGCACCCAUACUAAAGGUACUUUCUGAGCUCGACGGUGUCUUCUUGCGUAUCUUCUUGAACCCGAGGGAGCGAAUCGACGAACUACCCGUCAAGCGGUUCUAUAGAUAUGUGCUUGAAUCAGCGCCUACUUUCGAUGAGUCUGGCAAAGUCCGUUCGUUAAGUGCCAAGUUUAAGGGUAUUCCAUCUGAGGCGUUACUGAACCUAGGCAUGGACGUGCAACCCGCCUGGCUGGUGGCAGCUAAGGACUCCGUCCAUGAUCUCGACAACCUGAAGCUCAGCUCCAUCAAAUCAAAUGUCGAGGCUACGUACGAGCUUGAGAACAUCCUCAUUGAAGGCCACUCUAGAGAAUCAUCUGGCAACCCGCCGCGCGGUGUUCAAUUGCUGCUGGGCACCGAGUCGGACGCACAUUUUGCGGACACCAUCAUCAUGGCCAAUAUUGGGUACUUCCAGUUCAAGGCCAACCCAGGUUACUACAAUAUUCAACUCAAGGAGGGACGAAGCUCAGAUAUAUUUUCCAUCACUAGUGUUGGCGCUAAAGGAUUCAAUGCUGCGGCUGGCGACGAGGGCACCGACGUUGCUCUUAUAGGCUUUCAGGGAACUACUCUUUACCCGCGCCUUGAACGCAAGCCUGGCCAGGAGCUGGAAGAUGUCCUCGAAGAGACUGGAUCUGCCGGUGGCGAUAUUCUUUCUCAGGGCCUCAAGUUCGCCCAGGGUAUUCUAGGUGGCAAGAGCAAGGCCAAGUCUAUUUCGGAUACCGAGCAUGCGGAGAUCAACAUCUUCUCUGUCGCUAGCGGGCACCUGUAUGAGCGCAUGUUGAAUAUCAUGAUGGUUUCUGUCAUGAAGAACACUAACCACACGGUCAAGUUCUGGUUCAUUGAGCAAUUUCUCUCCCCUUCAUUCAAGGAGUUCAUUCCCCAUCUGGCCGAGGAAUACGGCUUCAAGUAUGAAAUGGUUACAUACAAAUGGCCGCACUGGCUCCGCCAGCAGAAGGAGAAGCAGCGAGAGAUCUGGGGCUAUAAGAUUCUCUUCUUGGACGUUCUCUUCCCGCUGUCUCUGGAUAAGGUUAUCUUCGUGGACGCCGACCAGAUAGUUCGGACUGACAUGAUUGAUCUUGUAAACCUCGACCUCGAAGGCGCGCCUUACGGUUUCACCCCUAUGUGUGAUUCUCGCACGGAGAUGGAAGGAUUCCGCUUCUGGAAGCAAGGGUACUGGGCAAAUUACCUCCGCGGCCUUCCUUACCAUAUUUCAGCGUUGUAUGUGGUCGACCUACGCCGCUUCCGUGAGCUGGCAGCCGGUGACCGUCUUCGACAGCAAUACCAUACUCUCUCGGCUGAUCCAGCCAGUCUCAGCAACCUGGACCAGGACUUGCCCAACCACAUGCAGUUCCAGAUUCCUAUCAAAAGUUUACCUCAAGAAUGGCUCUGGUGUGAGACUUGGUGCUCUGACGAGAGCCAAAAGGAGGCUCGCACGAUUGAUCUCUGCAACAACCCACAGACGAAGGAGCCCAAACUUGACAGGGCCAGAAGACAAGUGCCUGAGUGGAAUUUAUACGAUGACGAAAUUGCCGCGGUUGCCAGACGGUUCAAGAGUGAUACCAUCACAGGUGAGGAGCAACAGAAAGUCCUCGGUGGCGAUGAAGUCCAGGUCGAAAAGAAUCCCAAGAGCCGCCGGUUCGAGGAAGAGCCUAAGACGAAGACACAAGGCACCGGAGAGGAGGAACAUAUCAAAGACGAGUUGUAAGCACAACACAACAUAUAGAGCUAGAUAAUGUAAAGAAGACAAGGUCAAAGUAGCACAGUCGUCCAAGGGAUGCAUUAUUAUGACACGAGGUAGAUUAUGCGCAUGGUAGUUGAAGAGAGAUUUUUGCGAGCAGAAGUAGUGUGUUUGGUGGAAGCAGCAACGCAAGCACAUGUCGGUGCUCAAAUAAAUUGCUGCAUAGUAUGUAUGUGUAGCAUCUGUUUUGCCAAGACCCGUGCGUACAAUUCGGUGCCAAGUUCUUUU